GUCUCACUCAGGUACGAGUGUGUUACCCGCUAACUUCACGGCAACAUUCAUUCAUUUUUCACAUGUUUCUUGAAAUUGUCAAUUUUAGUUAAUUUUUUAUCUCUAAAGUUUUCACAUGAGUUCGUUUUUCCAAGUUUUAAGCCGAACCUCUACCCCUCUUGGUUUCGUCAGACCCCUGUCGUCAUCUACGACCGCAAAAACCACGAAGGGGCCGCACAAUUCCUCUAUUACUUCAUAUUGCUCGGACCUAGUCAGACGACAUGAUUACGAGAUGUUCCUAUGCACCCUUCUCAUUCCCGAUCCCAUCCUGCGCACCAAGGUGAUGACCGUGCGUGCUUUCAACACGGAAGUGGCCAUUAUCCGGGACCAAGUGUCCCAAAAAGAGAUUGGGUUGUCCAGACUUGUCUUUUGGAGAGAGGCUGUCAAUCAACUGUAUCUGUCUAAAAAGGCUGACUCUUCAUAUAAGAAUGUGCCAAGACAGCCCACAGUCUUAGGAAUGAGCAAAGUCAUUUUCGAACAUGAUGUAUCCAAGAAAUGGUUGGUGAACUUAUUGGAUGGACGAGAAAGGCUCAUGUCAGACGUGCCGUUUACUGAUCUCUCAGACUUGGAAGCAUAUUGCGACCAAACGGUCACCUCUAUUUUGUUCAUAACCUUUGAAAUCUUAGGUGUGAAGAAUGUCGAUGUAGACCACGCAUCUAGUCACCUGGGGAAAGCGAUUGGUCUUGGAACAUUUGCUAGAAGUAUACCUUACAAUGCUCAAAAUAGGAGAGUACUUGUCCCUAGAGAUAUGCUAAUUAAACAUGGGUUAUCACAAGAGGAUUUCAUCCGAAAUAAGCAGUCAGAGAAAAUUAAGGAACUCGUUUAUGAAAUAGCGUCACAUGCUCACAUACAUUACGAUAAAGCAAAAUCAAUGAGCAAAUUGAUUGAUAAAAAAGCGUUACCUUUGUUCCUGGCUGGUGUUCCCACCGACAUAUAUCUAAAACGACUUCAACGUGUUCAAUUUGAUCCGUAUCAUCCCUCUCUGACGACUAAAUAUAGACUUUUGCCCUGGCAUUUAUAUUUUAGAAAAAUAAAGGGAUCAUAUUUCUAACGAAAUAUUGGGUAGUUGUGCUGUUAGUUCUUUAUUUUCGACCUAAUUUCAUUAUUAGUGAAAAGUUUGAUGUAGAAAAAUGUUCAUAUAAUAAAUUUUUUGUUCUACAUAGUUGCAUAAAG